AUGGGCAACAUCGAACGCAACCAUUUGAUUUUCAUCGAUGCCAUCAAAUUAUUGGCUGACACAGAAGAGACACUGAUGAGGCUGUGUGGCCUAACAAAAACAAAACAAAAAAAAACGCUCUGUGAGAUGGCACUAAAGGUGAAUCAGCAGAAGUCGGCGAGUAACGUCGGGAACAGUGGAGUCUUCGGAGGGGUGGUGGACGAUCACAGAGGUUACAAGUAUCUGGGCAUCCUGGAAGACUCACGAAAUGUGGUGAAAGAUGAGAACAAGGCCAUCGUUACCAAAAUGGCCACCGAACGAACGAGAAUGCUUUGCAAGACAAAGCUCAAUGCUGCCAACCUAUUUAGAGGAAUCAACGAAUUUGCCCUCUCGACACUCAAUUACUGUAUAGGUCUCUUACCUUUCAAGCCGAAAGAAUACGAAACGAUUGACAAGGAGGUAAGGAAGAUCCUGAGCGAGUACAAGGUGACGAGGAAUGCGGCGAAUAUGGACCGGCUAAACCUGAAGCGCGACCAACUGGGGAGAGGACUCGCUUGCGAUGAUGAGAAAGCUAAGCUAAUGCUAUUCAAAAAUGUUAAAAUAUUUUGA